GGUGCGCGAGAAUCGCUGGUUGGUUCACGUCAGACACGGUCAAUGUUGAAUUUUUAUCCCGUAUCGAAAUAAACAGUUGCUGAAGCCUGAAAGUAGGCCAUGGCGAAUGAUAGUCGUUUUUACAGGCUAUCAUCUGGUGCACGCUCGAAUAGGUCGUAUUUGUUUUGCCAAUAAGUUGGAAGUAAUGGAAAUUGUCGACGUCGAAGAUGGUCAGCCCGACGCCGCGGCGGCGACGAGAAAGAAGACUUUGUGGGCUAAAAUAAACAACAGGACGACAUACAGUUAUUUAGUUAAUAUUGUGAUAUCGACGUUACUCCUCACGUGUUUAGUUCUAGUGCUUUAUUUCUUCAAGGAGUACUUGAAGAUUAUUUUAUACUGGGUGGACGCACAGGACCCUAAGAUAAUAUUUUUACUGUUCAUGGGACUGUUUUUGAUCGUAAGUUUUCCAGUGACGAUUGGUUAUUUAGUGUUGAUAAUAACGAGUGGAUACUUGUUUGGGAUUCUGAAGGGGUUGGGUACAGUGAUCGUGAGUGCGAACUUCGGGGUGGCGGUGGCUCAUUUCACGUUGAAAAUGCUAAGAGGCUACCUGCCUCUUGACCGCCUUCUCAAGAACGAGACGGCGAGAGCCCUCUUGAAAGUGAUAUCGGGGCCUCAAGCGUUCAAGAUAGUAUUCUUUGCGAGGCUCACUCCAAUACCUUUUGGACUUCAAAACACGAUAUUUGCGGUGAGCGAUGUCCGAGGCUGCGGGUACCACCUGGCCACGUUGCUGGGCCUGCUGCCGGCGCAGGUCAUCAACGUGUACCUGGGCUCCACGCUGCGCUCCAUGCACGACGUGCUGCACGAAUCGCACGUGACCGGGUACAUCGUGUUCGCUUUCCAGAUACUCAUCGGCGUAACGCUCAUGGUGUGGGUGGUGCAAAAGGCGCGGAAAGAGCUCACGAUAGCCAUAAUGGCAGCUGAGUUGGGCCGCGACACACUCUCCACGAGCAGUUCCUCCAGCUAGCACACCGCCCCCACGUCUGACGUGGACAGCGCUAGUGACAGCUAGGGGCCGGCCGUCGGGUGCUGCGCCCGGCAACGUGAGACUUUUGUAUAGCCGCUACAGCUCUACAUAGACUGGUCAAACGAUCCCACUUCUGAUGUGCCAGUGAUAGUUAUUUACAGAACUCUUGACUUCAUUUGUUGAUUAAUGAGCCAACGAUCGACUUCUUGGGUGAUAGGAUAUACGAGCAUACCGCCCCCAUGUCCGACGUGGACAGGGCUAAUGAUACCUAGUAGCAUCUAAGUGCCGGCGAGCGUGAGCUGUGCCCGGCAACGUGAGACUUUUGAAUUGCCGCUAUAGAGACACAUAGACUGGUCAAAUGAUCCCACUUCUGAUGUGCCAGUGAUAAUUUAUAGAGCUCUUGGUUUAGACUUCAUUAGUUGAUUACUAAGCCAGUGUUUGGCUUCUAAGACUGGGCGAUAGGAUAUACUAGCACACCGUCCCCACAUUUAACACGGGCAGCGUGAGUGACGGCUAGGGACUGGCCACCGAGUGUAGUGUCCGGCAACGUGAGACUUUUGUAUAGCCGCUACAGCUCUUCAUAGACUGGACUUGAACCACAACGAUCCCACUUCUGAUGUGCUAGUGAUAAUAUUAGUCAGCCAAAGUUACGAGUUAUAGGGCUCGGUGAUAGGACACAAGAAGGUGACUGAUCUCACUUUUGCUGUUAGCAAAGACAAUGAGACUAUUGUAUAGUGUUUGAAGCAAAUGUUGAAAGUUGUACGAUUAUUAAAAGAUGUACUGAGCCAUACUGAUCCCACUUCUGAUGUAGACAAUUAAAGCUAGAGGCCGGCCAUUGGGUGCUACUCCUGGCAACAAGAGCCUAUGUCGUAUUCGCUACGGCUCUAGACUGGUCCUUAACCACUAUGAUCCCACUUCUGAUGUGUCAGUUUUAAUUAUGUAUUUAGACUUCAUUUGAUGGAAGCCAAUGUUUCGAGUGCUAGUACUUGGUGAUAGGAUACAAUAAGCUACUGAUCUCACUCUUAAUGUUAGCAAUGCUAGUGAGACUAUUGUAACGUGUUUUGAGGCCAAUUUUCAAAGUUCUCAGAUUACUAUGAUAUUAGAAGACGAACUAACGUAAACUGAUCCCACUUCUGAUUGAAACAACGAAAGCUAGGGUACAGACACCGACUGUUGCGCAUAAUUAAUUAAUUAUUUAUAAUAAAUUACUAGCAAAUUCUGAUAAUAUGUAUUUAAAAUUAUUUAGAAAUUUCGUUGUAUGUAAGAAAAUUAUAAAUAUUUUGCCCUUGAUUUCCAGACAGUAAUUUCACACAACUGGCGUCAAGGCUAGUACGUAUAGUUCAAGGAUAGUCAAAUAUCUUGCAACCGCGAUCGCGUCCCGUCACGCAUUUGCCUCGUCAGAGACCGUAUUGUUAUCAAACGUGAAAAUCUUUCAUGCAUAAUUUUGUAUAUUCCGCUGCGACCUUUCAAGAUCUUGAUAAUACAA